AUGAGUCUUUUGAAGUAUAACUUCUCUAAAACUCCAAAGAAUGAUUUACCUACACAUAAAGUUCCUACCAGUACAAUUAAAUCAAAUAUUGACUUAUCAACCUCAUCAAAAAUUAUUCCUGUUACUAAAUCUACUGAUUCUAUAAAUAAUAGUUCUUAUCCUGACUGCUGGGACUCCAAACAAAUUCUUUAUUUUACUGAAACUUAUCCUUGGAUGUAUUUUAAAGAAAAAAAAAUUGGUUGUAUAUUUUGUAGAGAUGUAAAUCUAAACUUGCUUAAACAAACAGGAUCACAUAUAGCAACUGAAUGGUCAAAUGCAGAAAUUUCUCCAACUGGUUUAAAUUUAAAAAAUAAACAGACUAAUUUAAGAAAAAAAAUAUUAAAACACAAGCUUUCAAUUUCACAUUUAAAUGCUCAAAAGAUAGUUGAUGAGAGUAAAAAAAAUAUAAUAGAUGAAAAAAUAUCUGAAAUGGCAUUAUCUGAAUCAAACCAAACACAAAAAAUAUUUAGAACAGCCUAUUUAAUUUCUAAAAAUCAACGCCCAUAUACUGAUAUGCCAAAAUUAGUCGACCUCCAAGUUAAUAAUGGAGUUGAUCUUGGGAGAAUACUUCAUACUAAUGUAUCAUGUACACAGAUAAUUGAUCAUAUUGCCUCUGAGAUGAGAAUAAAAUUAGCUAAAUGCAUUAUAGAAAAUGGAACAAAAUUAUGUAUUUUAGUUGAUGAAUCGACAACUUUGAUCAGGAAGUCAAUGUUGGUUAUUUGUUUGCGCUGUGCUAUUGGUGAAUUGGGUGAAAUAAAUACAUUCUUUUUUGAUAUUGUUGAACUGAAUAAUACUUCAGCUGUAUCUGUAAAAGGUUCAAUGUUGCAAGCACUUGAAAAGUAUGGGAUUAAUUUUGAGUUUUUAAAAAAAAACUUGAAUGCCUUUGUUAGUGAUGGAGCAUCAAAUAUGUUGGGACGUAAAUCUGGUGUCGGUACUCUAUUAAAAAAUGAUUUUCCAAAUAUAAUAACUUGGCACUGUUGCAACCACCGCCUAGAGUUGGCAGUUAACGAUAUUUUAAAAGAAGUAAGUGGAUUAAAUCAUUUUCAGAGUUUUAUUGAAAAACUUUAUGCAACAUAUCAUAUGUCUCCUAAGAAUACAAGUGAAUUAAGAGAAUGUGCUGCUUCAUUAGAGAAAAAACUAUUAACAAUUCGUAAGAUUUUUACUAUCCGAUGGGUUGCUUCAAGUCAGCGUACAGUGAAAGCUGUUUAG